AUGCUGAAAAAACAGGAAAAGGCAGACAAACUAUUUGUGCAAGUGGGGAAGCAGCUACCUGAUGAUAUUAUGGACAAAGGCAUGGGAGCAAAAGAGGAGAAUGCUUUGAAAGAGGUCUUUGAGACCUUGAAGGAUAUCAAGGAUUGUGGUGACAUUGAUAGAGCUCGGCGCCUGUGGCGGAUUGGGAGAUGCUACUGGGAUUUAGGAGGAGAGUCCCCACAAGGAAGCCUUCAAAUCCUCAUCACAUCGCUCAAACACAAUCGCGAGUGUAUACUACUCAAAACACGUGUCACCACCCGACCUACGCGGGCUUCAAAGUGUUUCCAGAAAGCAUUCAAAGUUGAUGCCUGUGAAGCAGAGGUUGCAAGGUGCCCCAUGGAAGGGUUUGGUGAUGAGCAUGGAUUGGAUCUGGUCGAGGUGGUGGCUCGGCGUACUAUAGAUGGUGAAGGCAGGAUGGGUGCAGAUAAGGAGGAACUGUGUGGAGUCCAUCAAGGCCUUUCAAGUGGCAACUCCAAGCGAACAUCGAUGUCCAACCUUCAUGGCUGA